UGGGUAUUCUUUACAUCUGUGCUGCUCUGUGUACUAUUCGUUUAUUCGAUUAGCUGGAUUACCAGCAAGGACGAGAGAAAUCAGGCACAUAAGGAUAAUACAGAGAUGAUGAGGUUUAGGUCCACAUUCAAAAGAGAAGAAACUUCCAAGAAAUGGAUCGUUCUGACAACAAUAUCCGCCCCGACGGAGCAAGUCGAGUACCUGUCGAACAUCACAGGAUGGAGAUGUCUUGUUGUGGGGGACUCGAAGACGCCAUUAACAUGGAGUUUACCCGGCUGUGACUACCUAAGCAUAGAAGCGCAGGAAGAGCUGGGGUUCGCCAUCACUAAGGCUACCCCCUACGGUAGCUACACAAGAAAAAACAUAGGCUACCUGUACGCAAUCAUACACGGGGCCGAGUUCAUAUACGAAACAGACGACGAUAACAGGCCAUUGGACAACUUGGAGGGUUUUGUUUACAAGUCCACGAUGUCGGGCUUGGUGUUUACUGGUGAUGGCGUGUUUAACCCUUACGUCCACUUCGGGCAGUCAACACUGUGGCCUAGAGGGUUCCCACUGUCUCACAUAGGCGUACCACAGCGGCCUCUUUACAAGUUAGGCAGUCAGUGGAAGACACCAGCCAUCCAACAAGGAAUCGUCAACGGCGACCCCGACAUGGAUGCUAUAUUUAGACUCACGAGAAAAUCCACCACGGCACCGCUAAACGUGAUCUUUGACCCCGCCUCCCCGCCAGCCAUUUUACCCAAAGGCGUCUUCAGUCCCUUCAACUCGCAGAACACCCUGUUCCACAGCGAGGCCUUCUGGGCACUGUUUAUCCCCAAAACGACAACCAUUCGAGUGUGUGAUAUCUGGAGAGGGUACUGGGCGCAAAGACUUUUAUGGGAAGUGGGGGGUAGUCUUGGAUUUUUUCCUGCUAACGCUUUCCAAAAGAGGAACGCACAUUCGUACUUGAAAGACGCGCUAGAAGAAAAAGAUAUGUACUUUCAAACAGAAAACCUGUUACGGUUUUUGAGAAGUUGGGAUUGUGGGAAGGAUUUGUCGUUUUUUCAAUGUGUCUUAAAACUCAGCUCAGAUAUGGCCGACCACAAUUUUUGGAAAACAGACGAUGUUCUUAUGACAAAACUCUGGCUGGAUGACUUAAAAUCAGUUGGCUACAUUGAACCGGAACGUGUUGGAUUCAAUUUGAAUUUUUCAGAGACAUUGCAGUAUUCACAGAUAUUAAACGAAAACGUUGAUUACCUCCCUGUUAUAGGGAAGGGAGAUAACGUAUCGGAUGUUGUAUACUCCUCAGUAGAGCAACCGUCUCCAUCUGUUUAUGCGACACCAACACGCAAUAACGGUUUUUGUCACAAGAUGAAAAAGAUUACCUCCAUGUGUGGUGGUUUAUUAAAUAACCAACCUCCUCAGGUGUACGAAGGUAGACUGAAAAGUGCCAAUUUUUUCUCAGAUAUUCUGCUUAUCAUUGUGUUCAAUAACCCGUAUUACGGUAACGUGAAGUACCUCGACGCCAUUCAUAGCCCGGUGUUCACCAACAUUCUCUACUGCGGUGAAAACAUAACCAAAUUUCAAGACGAAACGAAAGACAUGAAUCAAACGUUCUCUUUCAUCGAAGCCGAAGUCGUCGAUGGAUUCGAUGGUUACAUCUGCGCCAUCAGGGCUAUGCAGAUGGGAUACAGUGUCAGUGGUUACCUCUUCACUUCCGACGAUCUUCUGUUCAAGCCUUGGGCUAUGCUGGAACUUAACAAAUCCAGCGCCGGCGUCACCUACGAAAGCCGCACCAUAUUUCUCAACAUUUCCGAACCCGUUAAUACAUAUUUCCGAUGGGGCGAGAAAAUCGGAAGAACCGCGUAUCUAAAAACACUAUCGGAUAUUUCUAUUGUUCCGCGAAUUCCGGAUGGUGUGCGAUCGCUUGAGGAGUUUCAAAAAACUUUACUAACACACACAAACUCCAAAGACUUAGUUGUCGGAGACAUUAGUGAUUUGUAUUACAUCCCACAAAAGAUGAGAGCGGCGGCGGUGUGGUACUUGUCCAUGUUUUACAAGAACCAUGUCUUCCUUGAGCUAGCCGUACCGUGCGUUUUACGUGGGCUGGAAACCAAACAGAGCCUGAAUUUAUUCGGAGGAAAGAGCUAUUACGGCGAUGAAAGAGAACGAGUCUUUAGUACUUACUACCUGCAUAAAUAUUUCUUCCAUCCUGCGAAGCUUUCCAUGUCCAAAAUGAUUGAGGGUUAUUGCAAUUUAUAUUUUCCUGAAUUACUUGAAAAACUGUUCAAUGCAACGGAAGCUUAAGCUGAACAAUUUAUGCACCCAUGUUUAUAUAAUAAUAUUAA